AUGUGCUCCUUCGUUUUCGAGGGGUACGAAACCGACCUCCCUACAAUUACCCUCCCUGCUCUUAGUAGCACGUCCGCUGCAGACACGCAAGCGUUCCGUCCCAAGGCAGCGUAUGAAAAAUCUGCAUCCAAGCAGGCGUUCCGUCCCAAGACAGCGUACGAUGCGAACCUGGAGCCUGGUACACUCGUGGCCCUCCUACGCGGAUCAACUCUGGAUUUGUCUGACACGGUGGCUGACAUGUCACGGAUCAUGUGUCUGGAAGGGCAGAAGAAGAAUGCGACACUCCCAAGGUUCGCGUUCAAGCUGACGCCAGACGGCCACCUGCGAUACGACGACACGCGCGUGAACGGUGACAUGGCUUGGCUGGCAGCAGCCCAAAUAGCGGAAGGCGCGGUGGUGAGGUUGAGAAUGAGGUCAGUCACUGUUGACGCGUUUGGCAUGCCCAUGCAUGUCAAGGGAAACAGCCAAAGGGCGAACUUUCACAGCAAGAGGAACUUCGCUCGAUCGCGCCUUGCUCCCAGCGGCCCCGCAUUCGGGCCAGCGCGGCAAAAGUCCUGCCUUUCUGUGAGGGUGCCUGGAGGUGAGAAACGAGCAGCGGCGGGCUCCACCACCGCCGCCGCCGGAAGCGCAAUGUCGCCGGAGCUCACGCCAGACGGCGCGGCAGCGGCUCUCGGCACGGCGGCGUCGCAGGAGAACGCGGAGGAGUGCGCAGCAGUGCUUGCGCGGCUGGGGCGGUCCGCGGACAGCCUUCCCGCGGACCUGGCGGACGCGAUUGCGCGCGGCCGCGUGCCCGGGGAGGUGGUGGAGCGGUACGCGGAGAUGGAGAACACAGUGGUGCUGGGUUAUUUAAUGCGGUUCGGCGGGUUUAAGGAGCGGUUGCUGGCAGACGAUCUGUUCAUGACCAAGACCUCGGCGGAGUUGGAAAGGCGGCGAGCGGCCUUCUUCCCCGAGUUCGACUUCGUCAUUGCUGACGUGAUCAUGGCUCUCAUAGCGGACUUCAUGCUCGUGUGGCUGCCUGCCCCCACCAUCCCUCUGCACCCCGCGCUCGCCAAAGAAGCCACGGCCCUGCAAAAGUUUCUCGACACCUGCCCGGACAACGCGUUCCAGGUGCCUGUGCGCGGCACGGAGUACACUCUCCUGCAGCGAUUCAUGGCUGUGCUGAGGAACGGAGCGAAGCUCAUGGUUGUCGGGACGACUGCAUCCCUGUUUGGCUGUGGCAUGACCAACGCCCUCCAAUGGGUGCGCAGGGAGCUUGCUGGCCCCCCGGCCGCUGCUGCAGCCACAAUCCCCUCCCUAGACCUCACCGCUGCUGCCUCUUUUCCUCUAGACUCUUCGUCUGAGCUGGCUGCUACCCUAAACCCUGCUGCUGCCAUUGAUGCCGCCACGACUGCUGCCUUGGUAUUGGACCCGGCGGUCGCUGCUGAUGUGGCAGCUGCUGUGUCGGCAUCGGCUGCUGAUGUGGUGGCUGCACUGGCCACAGCUGCUGAGGUGGCAACUUCAGCUGCAGGGUCCAUGCCACCGGAUCUGGAGGUGCGUAUACUCGCUACAAGCUUGGCUUAUGGGUCCUAUGCAGCGAUUUCUGCAAACUUAAGGUACCAAAUAAUGGCCGGUGUGAUUGAGCAGCAGUGGCUGGAGCCUCGAUUCCACGGCAACAAGACUCUCCUUUCAGUUCUCUCAUUUAUCUUCCGCACGUCCAACACGUUCAUUGGCUCGCUCUUGUGGGUAGAUUAUGCAAGAUGGAUCGGGGUUCACCACCUCGUCAAGCUUCUGCUGGAUCGCGGGUAUCAUGUCCGCGGAACAGUUAGGGACGCGACCAAUGAGGACAAGACGUCGUGGAUUCGCGAUCUCGCAGAGGGCACUCCAGGCAAGCUUGAGCUCUUUUCAGCCGACCUGAGCAAGCCUGGAAGCUUCGAUGAAGCCGUUGAAGGAUGCGAGUUUGUGUGCCACGUCGCCUCUCUUGUUCGUAUGAGUGUGCCGAAUCCGCAGUCUGUAGUGGAUGCAGCUCUGGAGGGCACGAGAAAUGUAUUCUCUUCCAUCCUCAAACACAAAACUGCCAAAAAGGUGGUGGUCACCUCAUCUGUAGCAACAAUUAUUGACUACGUAAACAACAAGGACCAUGUAUUCACUGAAGAAGACUGGAACCGAGACCUUAGUCUUAAAGAUCCAUACCCGAUGGGCGCAUGUUCGAACAAGCCUCGAUGUGAUAAGGCAGCUGAUGGGUGGAUGGCUCUUCAUGGCCCCGGACUUGUAUUUUGGCAUGGUGCACGUUGA